AUGUCCGGAAUAAACAGCCGCAAUCGAGUUGCAUCAUUCAAAGAGUUCCUCAAUUCCAAUCCUUCAAUAGAGGAAAUUUUGUCUAACGAUUUUACAGAGGAUGAAAUUAUGAGUGGGAAUGUUCAGCUCGCAAAAUAGUAAAUUUUAUGGUUCUUUUUUAUUCAUUUAAAUAAUUAGUUUAUUAAUUAAUGUCUCUUGUAAAGCAAACACCUAUAGAAAAAAAUUGUAAAUAAAUCAAAGGAUUCUGAAAAAUGGAUUUUAUUUAAAAGUUACUAAUUUUAUACAGUAUUACCAAAGACCAUCUAAAAGUUUUACUCACAAUGAUCACAGAAGAACCUCCUGAAGAUGCUGACCAGAAAAGAGCUUACAAAUUUCCUCUGGUAGCAAGCCAAUUUUUUGCAGGUGAUCUCAACCGUGUCCUCGACUUACUAUUCGAAGACGAAUCACUUAUUCAAACACUAUUCAGUUUUCUCAACAAAUCAGAAAAGCUAAAUUACCUGCUUGCUGGGUAUUUUCGGAAAGCUUUUGAUGGCCUAUUGUCAAGAAAUCAAGGAGCGAUUUUGAAAUUCGUUUACACAAACAGCUAUCAUACAGUCCUCCUUUCACAUAUUUAUAGUCAAUCAAUUGGAGAUAUUUUGUUUAGGUGCUUGACUGGUAUCAGCCAAAGUGAGAGCUAUUUGAAUGAGCGGCUUAGUAUAGUUGAUGGGCUUAUUUCAAAAUUAGCUGACAGUGAUCCUAUAGUAUUCUAUUUUAUAUAAAAAAUAAUUUUUCCUAAUUCCUUAUAGCAAAUCUCUCGUAAAAUUUGUUUUUAUUAUGAAUCUGCAUAUCAAUAAACGCAGAAGCAACACUUUCGAGAUUAAUUUCAGAAAAAGGAUCUUCAAAUUCUGCUGACUUAGUAGCCAGAAUUACGUCUUCAGAAAACAUCGAAAAAAUUUUCCUAAAUUUAAACGACCAGAACAAAUACAUAGCAAGAUCUUCAGCAAAACUUUUGAAAAGCCUCCUCAUGAUUAAAGGGAUGAAUAUUGACAGUAUAGGGCUAGCAGAUGCUUUUUGCAAAUUUAUGGAAUUUUUCGCAGGAAUCCUGCAGUCUGACUCUCAGUUUAACAUAAAAUCAACUUUUGGAGAAGAAAUCAAGACUCUUGGUGAAGCCAAAAUAAUAUUGGCUGAGGUAAUUAUACUUUUGGUGUCAUCAAAUAAUGCAAGUUUGCGUCAGGAAAUAAUAAACCACCAAAUCCUUCAACAUUUAACCACACUUUUUGUUGAAUAUGAAUGAAAUUCCGCCUAUCAGACUGUAUAUCUGAACCUUAUUCAAAUAAUUUUGCAGCUAGACUCACUUGAUUUAAAAAUCCAGCUAUUCCAAGUCCUACCAAAAUAUCUUGUAAAUCUAGCUGACAAUCCAGAAAUCCAAAAAGGCUCAGUUUUGAUUAGAAGAGGAAUUAUGGCCCAUGUGUAUAAAAUCGCUAAUUUAUUAACAAAGCAAAAAUAUAUACAAGAGCUCCAAGACAUUUUGCUGAAUACAGAAGGCUGAAACAAUUUUGAAAUUAACUUAUUAGACCCUUACUUAGAAUUAGAGAAAAAGACCCUUGGAGGCAGCACAAGGUUUAAUUUAUUUGAUUUAAACAGCUCUGAAGAAGAAGGCCCAAGGCUUGAGCUUGACUUAGACGUAAAUUGUAUAUAGAAACUGAUUAACCAAAGAAACGCCCUUAAAGAUGAGGAAGAAGAAGAAGAUUUGGAAGAAUUUGAUGAAGGAGAAUGCGACGAUAUCCCUGAGUAAGAACUAUUUAGUUUAUGUGCUGACAAGCCAAUGACUGGAAAAGAUCUUGAAGAGCUUUCAAACAUGUUUGACUUUGGGGAAGAAAAUCCAACACAUAAGGAUUUAUUUACAUCGACUAUUUGUAUAAAAACAGCGACUUUAGAAGAAUUCGGAAACACAGACUACUUGAAUAAUAACUAUUGGAAAGUCCCCAUUAACUCUGAUAAUGUCCCAGAUCUUGUUGAUUAA